UUGUUACCGGCGGGCGAACCCUGGACCUCCGCUCCAAGGCCUCCAACACAACCCUAACCUGUCCUUCUCUCUCCUUUCUUCUCUCUCUUCUUCCCUCUCUUUCAUCCUCCAUAGUCGUGGUCUUCCAAUGACCACGUCGCCAGAGGAGUCCGAACCCUUCUUUUUCUUCCCCAAAAAUACCCUCUUCUUCAUUUACUGAUCAUUUAAACCUGCACAAAACUUGGCAAAUUCUUCUUUCAUGGCUGACAUUUUGUGGGUUUAUCCAUCUUCAACCGAUGACUAAAAUGGUAAAGCUUUUCCAAACCCCAUCUCCAUUUCAUCUUCUUAAGAUUUAUUCUGUAUUGGGUUCUUUUCAUUUCCAUAGAUUUUCAUCAAAAUCUGGUAUUUCUUCUAUCAAAUCAGCUCUUUCUUCGCUGCAAAUUUCUAAUGAUACUUUAGUUUCUAGAGUUUGUGAAAUUUUGUCUGAUAAUCAAUGGUUAUGUAGCUCCGAAUUGAUUCGAUUGAGCCCCAAAUUAACUCCCCGUCUUGUGGAACGAAUUAUUCAUACCCAUUUGGAUACUGGAUCACUUUUACAGUUCUUUUAUUGGGUUUCUAAGAGACCCUCUUAUGAACAUGAUUUUAAUUGCUAUUUUUCUAUGUUAGAUAGGCUUAUUGUGGAUCAUCGUCGCCAUGACGAUGCCCAACAUUUGAUAGUUUUGAGUAUUAGAGCUUGUAAGAAUGUGGAGGAGCUGAAAUGGGUUAUGGAUUUUUUGGUUGAUAUCAGGAAGAGAGGUUUUAAGAUUAGUAUGUAUAGUUAUAAUACUUUAUUGAUUGCAUUGGGUAAGCUCGACAUGGUCAGAGCUGCCUAUAAUGUGUAUACCGAGAUGUUAUUGGACGGAAUUAGCCCUAGUCUUUUCACGUUGAAUACUAUGAUCAAUAUGUUCUGUAAGAAGGGGAAGGUCGAGGAAGCCGAGCUUUUUUUAAGUAGGAUUUUUCAGUAUGGCAUGUGUCCGAAUGUUUUUACAUAUACCUCGUUGAUUCUUGGGCAUUGUAGAAACAAUAAUGUAGGUAAGGCCUUUGGGGUGUUUAAUUGGAUGUUGAAGAAGGGUUGUCAACCUGACUCGGUGACGUAUAACACUCUCAUCAAUGGGCUCUGUGAUGAGGGUAAGUUGGAUGAGGGUUUGAAGUUGAUUAAGGAAAUGGUAGAGAAAGGAAUUAAACCUACGGUUCAUACUUUCACCGUUCCAAUUCUCAAGCUGUGUGAGUGUGGGCAGGUAGAGAAAGCUUCCAGACUUUUGGGUGCCAUGUCAAAAAGAGGUUGUCAACCUAACGUUCAUACGUAUACAGCUCUUAUUAGUGGGUUUUCUCAUGUAGGAAGUCUGGAGGUUGCUCUUGGGUUAUACAACAAAAUGAUGAAAGUUGGUGUGGCUCCAGAUACUGCUGUCUGUAAUGCAUUGAUUCAUGAAUUGUGUGAGGGAGGAAGGUUUGAACAAGGUUUGAAGAUUUUUGAUUGGAUGAAGGCGCGUGGUUUUCAACCUAAUGUUCAUUCGUACACAGCUCUUAUUUGUGGGCUGUCACGUGCAAGGAAUCUAGAGGAGGCUGUUGUAUUAUGCAACAAAAUGAUGAAAGAUGUUGUGGCUCCUAGUAUUACUGCCUGUAACACAUUGAUCCAUGAAUUUUGUGAUGGUGGAAGGAUUGAACAAGCAUUGAGAAUUUUUGACUGGAUGGAAGCCCAUGGCUGUCUGCGGAAUUCUCGUACCUACAAUGAAAUAAUUAGGGGGUUGUGUUUGAGAGGUGCUUUGCAAGAAGCUAUGAUGCUUUUUGGUGAUAUGGCUAGGGCUGGGACUUCUCCUUCUGUGGAAACAUACAACAUUCUGAUACAUGGUUACAUAUUGCAAAAAAAACUGGACCAUGCUGUGAGAUUAUUUGAUUUGAUGAGGGAAAGUGGAUGUAACCCUGAUGAAUACUCUUACACUGAAAUGAUGCUUGGGUUCUGCAAAGGCGGGAAGUUGGAGCUAGCAUCUUCUCUCUUCCAUGAAAUGAUUGGACAAGGUUUGCGCCCAAAUGAAUAUACCUUUACCAUUCUCAUUGAUGGUCAUUGCAAGGCAGGACUCAUAGAUGGAGCACAAGAUUUACUUGGUAAGAUGAAGGAAUUUGGUUGCUCUCCUACAACUGAGACCUUCAAUACCAUUAUAAAUGGAUUAGCAAAAGAAAAUAGAUUUGCAGAGGCAGAGAAUUUAUGCAGCAGAUUGUCUGAGUAUGGAUUGUUGCCUAAUGUUGUCACCUACACAUCAUUGAUUGAUGGUCUUUGUCAACAUGGUGGGACAAAUGUUGCAUUCAAGGUGCUUCAUGAGAUGGAAAAGAAUAACUGCUAUCCAAACUUGCAUACUCAUAGUGUACUCAUUCAUGGGUUGUGCCAAGAAGGAAAAGUUGAUUGUGCAGAAGGUUUUUUCAAUGAAAUGCAAACCAAAGGGAUAUCCCCUGAUGUGGUGGCAUUUACUUCUCUUAUUGAUGGUUUUGUUAUGAUUGGUAGGCUAGAUCGUGCCUUUUUUCUACUCCGGAAGAUGUUGGAGUUGUGCAUCCAACCUAACUACCGCACUUUCAGAGUGUUGCUGAAAGGUUUGCAGAAAGAAUCUCAUUUGACGGUGAACAAGGUUGCAGUUCAGAAUGAUGUUUCCUAUAGUUUCCCUUCUGACGCUAAUUACAUUGGAUCUGAAUUGAUCAGCCAACUGUUGGUUAAACUCUCAGAAAUUGACGGUGAACCCACAGUUAGCACAUAUAGUACCCUAAUCGCUGGUUUAUAUAGAGAAGGCAAAUAUAGCGAAGCAGAACUUUUGAUACAGAGUAUGCAAGAGAAAGAAUUGCCUCUGAAUAAGGACAUCUAUAAUUUGCUAAUACUAAUUCAUUGUAAAAGCUCAAGAGUGGAGCCUGCUCUGGAUAUCAUAAAAACAUUGUCCAGUAGUGAGUUCGAGCCUCCAUUAUCUACUUAUGGCAUGAUUAUAUGUUUGUUGUGCAAGUUGAAUAAGGUGGAUGAAGCUGUAUCGCUGUUUCAGAACAUUCUUGAGAAAAAUUGGAAUCCCGAUGAGGUUGUUUGGAGUGUGCUGGUUGAUGGAUUACUAAAUGAAGGACUAGUGGUUCCAUGUGUGAAGCUCCUUCAACUAAUUCUGUCCAGUAAACACACAGUCAGCCUAUACACUUGCAAGUUUGUGGCUGAAGAAAUGUCAAAAGUGGAUGGAUCUUUUAAAACUAAUCUGCUUGUUGACAGAGUGAUAGGCAGUAGGGAUAGUUUGCCAGGUUAAGCUUUUGCAUGUUCAUUGAGCAUGGACUUGUGAUUAAUGAAAUGACUUGGUCUUUUGCAAGUUACUGAGACGGGGAUGGCUGUAUUUCGUCUAGUUCUCACCUUUCCAGCUCCCCUUUCCGGACAAGGACCCAGGACUUGUUUCCUGUCAGAGGUUGGUCACUCGUGGCCCUUGGCAUUAUGCAGACAAAGGUCCAUAAUGAACUUUGGUUAACUCUUUCUCCAUAUAUGGUUGGCUCAAGGAGGACAUAAUUUUGCUUUGCAAAUUACUUGUGAAAGCAUAUUCCACAUCCUUGUUGAUGGGCGUGGAAACUGAAGUUAAUCCAAUAGCUGUCUUUGAAGGCAUCUCUUAUGACUUUGGAAUUUAGAGAAGUUGCAUAUAGCAAGGAUAACAGGUGCUUCUGUUCAGUUGGCUAAGUCAUCGAGACCGUGGCUCUGUGAAGGCUCAAGCAAUGUUGCGGGAUGUGGCAAUUGCAUUUUUCCAAAACGUAAAGCAAGUGUACAGACGUAUUUUGUGAUGUGACACUGAGUUGUCCCUUUAUAAUGUAUACGUAACGUAACCAGAAUACACUACAUUUUGUUAUAGGUGACCCAAUAUUCAUUGAUCUAGUUUCAUUCAUAAUUUUUUUACAGAAAGCAAUAAAAAUAGAGUAUCAAAUUUUGCUGACAAAACUUUGUGUACUUGUGUGCACUGUCAGAAAAACUACUGAGGCAGUUAUCUCAAGUCCAUGUUGGGUUGUAAGAAGGUUGCCCAAACGAGUUACGGAUUGAUUAAAUUUUUAUAAAGAACAUCACUACUUUUUUAUUUUUAUUUUGGUGCAAACGAGGGGCUAGGCCCCAAAGAAAAGAACACAAAGAACAUCACUAGAACUGUGUUUGAAAAUAUUGUUGGAUUGCUUCUGUAGUUCUGUUCUAAAUAAUCAUAGCUAGUUUCAUGUAAGGUCAUAAACUGAGGAUAUGUUACUGUGUAGUUUCUCAUAGAACAUUCUUUUGUAAAUGUGUUAAUGAAUCUCUAGUACUUAAUAUAGUGUU